GCCAAUCAAAAUAAUGGCCAGUCCACACGUCUAUAGUUCCCUCUCGCUUCCUUUCCUUCACAAUUCCGAGGAGCUCGAUUUUCCGGAGGUGGUGGCGUUGGUGGGGCCUGGUCAGCUGGUGGUUGACCAACGGUCUCGUGUUGGGCACAAGCCGAUGAAGCGCCGCCGAGUUGUUGAUCGAGAACCGGGAGACGGUUCCGUCUCUAAUGGCGGGGAGAGCGCCGGCGGAACCUUGGUCUCUAUUGGAGGUAACAGUAAUUUAUUAGAUAUGAAUUGCAAUGUUGACUUGCGGGAUGAUGUGAAUGGUGCAGUUCUAGGAGGGAUUGGGCUGGGAAAUGGUAAUUUGGGUAGAGUUGAAGUUGACUUGAAUGAAAACCUAGGGAAGGAGUGUGAUGAUGAGGGGAAUUCCCGGAACAUUGGGGGGUGUGAAAAUGGGAGGUUGCAUGCGAGCUCUGAUGUUAAACAGGAGCUUGAUCUGAAUGCUGCGUUCAGCUUGAAUUUAAAUGAGGGAGCCGAGAGCUGUUUGGGGUGAGCCAAUGAUGAGUUAUGGAGCUCAUUAUUUCUAUCAAGUCAGCUGGGUGACUCGUGCCUUCCAUAUCAUUAUUAUAUGCUCUCUAAUGGUCUUGGAACAAUUGAGAAGAAGUGGAUUAUUAGGAAGUAUCAAUGAGGAGGUACAAGACGCGGGGUAGCUAGUGGUUUAGGGUAACGUGAGAGGAGUAUGAAAUAAGGGACUGUGGGUAUA